CGCUGUUCGCAAGCACACUUCAGUUCUCGGCGAUUGCUCGAAGACGGAAGAAGUUCGCUGGAUACUCAAACCCUCAUCAACCCCGCAUCACUUUGAACCUACCGAAGAAGUGCCGAUCUAAUACCCUCCACCGGAAACGCAGAUGGCCGGCUUGAUCCAACGACACGGUUCUGUCCUAGUGCGCCGAUUUCUCACCAAUGGGAAGCGAAUUAACAAGCGGGCAGUCGCUGUAACGCAAUUCCACACCAGUGCCCAACUGGACAAAAUCGUUUCGUUCAAACUAGCGGACAUCGGUGAGGGAAUCCGCGAGGUAACCGUGAAGGAGUGGUUCGUCAAGGAAGGCGAUGUCGUCGAACAGUUCGACAACCUGUGUGAAGUUCAGAGUGACAAGGCGUCGGUCACGAUCACCAGUAGGUACGAUGGAAAGAUCGUGAAGCUGCACAAAGUGAUCGAUGAGAUUGCGCUGGUUGGCAAACCGUUGCUGGAUUUUGAAGUUGAAGAUGAGGCGGACGAAGAUAGCAGCAGCAGCAGUAGCGGCGAAAGCAGUUCUGAUGAGGAAGUAGUCAAAGCACAGGCUGUGGCAACUGGUGGAACUACCACAGCGGCGGCGACGGCUGUGAUCACAAGCGGGAAAGUGCUGGCAACGCCCGCUGUUCGGAGAAUUGCAAUAGAGAACAAGGUGGAUCUGCGCGAGGUGAAGGCUUCGGGCAAACAUGGGCGCGUGCUGAAGGGAGAUGUUUUGGAGUUUUUAAACAUCAUUCCACAAGGUACGGUCAAGCCACAUCCAACGCUGGCGCAGGCGAAACCGGUCGCAACAGCUCCCUGCUCCAAGUCUUUGGAAACCGUUGUUCCAUUGAAGGGUGUUGCCAAGGCUAUGUACAAAUCCAUGUCGGAGUCACUGAAAAUCCCACACUUUGCCUAUAGUGAUGAAAUCGACAUUUCGAAGCUCGUUCAAGUGCGUGAAGCCCUCAAGGCGGAGGCUUUAGCUCGAGGAGUAAAACUCACUUACAUGCCGUUCUUCGUGAAAGCCGCUUCCAACGCGCUCAAAGAACACCCGAUCAUAAACAGUUCGUUUGAUGAGCCAAUCGAAAGCAUAAUCUACAAGUCUUACCACAACAUCAGCAUUGCGAUGCAUACUUCUCAAGGACUGGUAGUGCCGAAUGUCAAAAAUGUCGAAAGCAAAUCGAUUCUUCAAAUUGCAGCCGAUCUGAACGCUCUACAGCAACGAGGCGCCAAGGGAUCUCUCACGCCCGAUGACUUCACCAAUGGAACAUUCUCCCUGUCCAACAUUGGAAUCAUCGGCGGCACCUACACCCACCCGUGCAUCAUGGCGCCACAGGUGGCGAUCGGUGCGAUCGGACAAACCAAGGUGCUUCCGCGCUUCGACGCUGCCGGCAAUGUGAUUCCGGCGCACAUCAUCAACGUCAGCUGGUCGGCCGAUCAUCGAGUCAUCGAUGGCGUCACCAUGGCGUCCUUCUCGAAUGCGUGGAAACGUCAGCUGGAGAACCCGAACCUGUUCCUGCUGUCGGCGCAGUAGGCUCGCCAAACACCAUGGAAACGGAUGCAUUUAGCCAAACAGCGGUGAUUCCUCUCGAGUAUAGUUUACGUACGAAUCAAACCAGAUUGCAUUUAUUUUUGUAUCAAUCAAUGGAACGCGUGUGCAAUGAUUGAAACUCUUAUUUUAGCCAAUUAGUAUCCUUAUACGAGAAACGUCAAACGUUUCCAAAACCAAGUCUGUGUAAAUAUGGGUAGAAAUACAUUCAUUGAAAAAAAAAACAGAUGGGUAGUUCUGUUUGGAAAA